UAAAGAGUGAAUUUUUGGUUUUCUUUCGCUUGUGUUGGGUCUAGGGAUGUGAGAUUGGAAUACUGCUGGUGAUAAUCGUUACAAGUUGGCUUUCACACCCAUACAGAAACAUUAAGUCAGUCCACAGGAAGACUGGUGGAUCAGAUGCAGCUAUUUCCUUGUCAGAUCAUACUUAGCAGCACAGGUUCUGACACUUGUGUGAAAUCUUCAUUAAUCUAAUGUCACAAAGUCCUUAUUCGUAAAUUUAGAAAGCUGGCCAGAUGUUGUUUUUCAGUGGGAACUUCACACAGCUUGACUUCUUGUAUGUUGGAAUGGUUAUUCUGCUUGGUGUUUAUCUUUUGUAUUUUUCAAGUAAUGCACAUAGAAUCGGUUUUCUACAGACAGAGGUUGAAACAGACUCUUGCAAAGGCUCUCAGAAGAAAGACCGGCAGAGCUCUGAAGAUGGAAGUGUGUACAGUGACGUGAGUUCAGGUACUGGAGUCUUUAGUGAUGCACCAUUGUUUUCCUGUUGUCCCCAAUUUUCUAAGAUAAGAUAUCUCAUUUGUCACUGAAUACCACCAGUUAUGAAAAUAGCUAUUAACUUUAUACUAUCAAAUCUCACAUCACCAUUGCUUUUCUUUCUAGACUAUGAUGCCCUCUCAGAAAACUAUUUAGUUGGCCAAGUUCUGGGUACUGGUGGAUUUGGAGAAGUGCGAGCUGGGCGAAGGAAGUCUGACCACCUACCUGUGGCUAUCAAACGCAUCAAAAGGCAAAGUGUGAGCCAUUCAAUGUCUCCUCCCAAUGACACAGAAUCAGUCCCCCUUGAAUUGGCAUUGAUGCAGUUGGUCAGCCGUCCCCCAGCAUGCCCUGCAGUCAUCCAACUGCUGGAUUGGGUCAUUACCCAGUCAUGUGUUUUCUUGGUGAUGGAACGUCCUGACCCUUGCAUGGACUUGUUUGAUUUUAUGUGGGAGAGGGGACAGUGUCUGACGGAACCCAUAGCAGGGAGUAUCUUUCGUCAGGUGGUGCAGGCGGUUCACCAUUGCCAAUCACGGGGGGUUCUUCACCGGGAUAUCAAACCUGAGAACAUCCUUGUGGAGACCAGCACUCAGCAGACUAAGCUGAUUGACUUUGGCUGUGGCACUCUUCUCAACCAGAAAGAAUACACAAGCUUUACUGGCACACAUUUCUAUGCUCCUCCAGAAUGGUGCUUGAAGAAGAGCUAUGAGGCAGAACCAGCCACCGUAUGGUCUCUGGGUGUGCUCCUCUUCGAGAUGUUGUGUGGUCAAGUACCAUUUAAAAGGAAAGAGGAGGUCAUCCGGUGUAAUGUCAUCUACACAGCAGAUAUAUCCAAAGAAUGUGCCAGCCUUAUAAAGAAAUGUCUGUCGCGGAGUCCCAAGGAGCGACCCACUCUGGAAGAGAUCCUCAUGCAUCCCUGGGUGUGCUGAUAAUGGUCUGAGGGUGUGAGUGCCCACACAUGGUCAUCCUUUAAAUCAAAACUCAAGGGACACACCAAUAGGUGGGGUUGGACACCCUGCCAUAAUCAAACUGGAUGUUGUUCUCUGAUGCUGGGGUAGAAGCUCACCUCCCUCAUGUUACAAGUGACCUCCUCUCUACCCCCAAGCAGUGUACGAGAUGUUGAGGGGAGCCUGUAAAGUGAUAUGUGGGCUCCAUUGAAAACGUGAGGUCUUCUCAAUGAGACACCUGAGGAAAAGUGAUUGGAGAAGUACAGUCUUAAUGUGACAUUUGUGCCGGAGCAGAUGGGUGAUCUGAAGUGAUGACGGAGCCAACAU